AAUCUCCUCGAUAUAGUGAAACUGGCUCUCUCUCGCUCGUGGACGUAGCUAACACACAUCAUGUUAGUGAACCAUGUAAAUCGUGUGUAUGUAUUUUUUUUUCGAUUCUCGCUUUCGUAUUCUUGCUUUGUCGUCUCCGACGAUUUUCCGAUCCGUAGCAACGCGUUUAAAACAAUAUGUGUCAUAAUGUUCUCUACAAUCUAUUGGUAGACAAGUAAAACUAGUGAAAGUGUGAUGUUGGGUUUGAGUAUUACAAAAUUAUGUACAAAUAUUAUUAUUUUUGGGUGUUCUAAUUCUGAAUCAAAGUAAAUCUCGGAACCCACUCUCUAAGUAACAUUGUGACUCCACCACAAUAUAUAGAUGUUAAUCACUUUCUUACAAAUCUCGUUAAAGAACAGCAAUAUUAUUAGGACUUCUAAAACGAUUUUCUUUAGAAAAAAGUUCCGUUUGGUUGGGUCCGCGUCAGAGUUGCUGCGGGCCGAAUGAAUUUAAUAAACCGAGGCCUCAAUCGAAACGAAACAGCAGAUAAGUCUAUAAAACGAUCCACUAGUCCUCGAACAAACCCAAAUUCAUUCUUGCGAAACCCAUUAGGCUUUGGUUGGCGUUUGAUGAAAGGUUGUGGGCCGCAAAAUAGGUUAAUUAAGUUUAGGUUGGACGGCUAUCUAUUACUACAUCGUUGUAGUGAAUCACGGUGUUGAUGUGAAUUGAAUCGGACUAUCUGGCUACGACUGGAUGUCAUGGAGUUUUCCUUGUCCGGUGAGCGAGUGGGGUCCAGGAGCAACGUUUUUCCUUUACCAAAUUGGAUUAGUGUUAGACCAUGGAGAAAUACUAUAAAUACUUCUCAUACGACUCUACAAUAUGUAUAUCCUUAAAGUAUAAUGAAACUGGCUCUCAAUUGCUCGUGUAUACUAGCUAACACACAUUGUGUUAGUGAACCACGUAAAUCUGUGUGUCGUGUUUCGUUCAUGCUUUCGUAUUCUUGUUUUAUCGUUCCUCAUAUUUUCCAAUCCGCAGAGAAACAGUUGUGACACAUGGGCUAUUGAGUCGUGGUAAGGGAUAAGGAGAAUAAAUUUUGCCUGACAGUAGUGAGGCGUACCAGGGUUCAGUGGAGCCCAUUAAUGGCGGAGAUUAUGGUGAUUCGCUUUGGAUUGACAAUGGCCGAGGAGUAGGGAUGGCAAUUACCCACCCAUGGGUAUUCUUGCCCAAAUCCAAUUAUACCCAUAUAUUAUGGGUAGGGUAUGGAUUUAUUCUAUAUAGGUUUGGAUAGUACUUGGGUAGGUGGAUUUGGAUUUGGAUUUUGUUUUCCAUGUGAAAAUGGAUAUGGGUUGGAUAUGGGUAUCCAUCACUUUGGACCUGUUUGUAAAUGUUUAUUGAUUUAGGUACUAAAUGUAAAACAAAAAAAAUUGAAGUAUCAAAUUAUAAUUUUUGUAUAAAGUUCAGGUACUAAAUAGUAAUUUGAUAUGUAAAAUUAGCAGCGAAACCUUCCACCGGAAUUUCCUCCGUCGACCGGUCUCUCCGCCAGUUCGCCGGCAGCCGGAAACGUCACUGGUGACUCUGGGAGUCUGGGACCCGAUUCGCCGGUGAACCUGGAGCGUGCCUCAACUUCGUCGGAGCCGGAAAACGUCGCUGGUGAAGCUGGGAGUCUGGGACCCGAUUCGCCGGUGAACCUGGAGCGUUGAAAAUCAUCCACAAAACAGAGCAAUCGAUACCAUACUCUCUUGCUUUCUUCUUCUCUAAACUCUCAAUCCAAUAGAAACCAUGUCUUGUUGCGGAGGAAAGUGUGGGUGCGGCUCAAGCUGCAAGUGCGGCAGCGGCUGCAACGGCUGCAGCAUGUACCCCGAUCUAGUCGAGACCUCCACCACUUCCACCCAGAUCCUCAUCGCCGGCGUUGCCCCGGCCAGCAUGGGAUUUGAGGGCUCGGAGAUGAGCUUCGGUGCGGAGAACAGCCACUACAGUAACCAAACCCAUCACCAUGUCCACACAGAAUCUCAAUCAUUCACCAUCUCAAGACAAACAACUGUCAUGAGCUGUUUUGACAAGGCUCUGCCAGCAUUUGACAUAACACAUCUUUAAAUGGUUGAAAGAAGUGAGUUACAGAUGAAAACUGGAAUCUCCUUUCCCAUGUCUUCUUCCCUAGUUUACAAACCAGAUUGCAUAACAAUUAAACAAAGAAAGGCAAAAAGAGCCAGUCUUCAAGUUAACAAUAUUUGGCAUUAUGAGACUCUCUUCCACUUUCUCUUCCUUCUUUGCCGCUCAAAUUGGCAACGAUACUGGACAAGGCAGAGUACGUCCCAAAAGCUGAUGCCACUAACCCAACUGUAAUUACCAAACCACACAGAGCAACCUGCAGAGUAACAUCCACACAGCACAAACAAACACCAUUACUGGGAUUUCCAAGAAGAGAAGCAUUCAAUCUGCAGAGUAACAUCAGAGUCUGCACAUCAUUUAGACAAGCAUUAGAUGGUACUGUAACAGAUAUGGUUUCCAAAUUGGAACAAAGAAUGGUACUGUAACAUAUGGCAGCAAGAAACUAACCAUCCUAAAGAGCAGAAAACUAAUGAAAUGGUUCUCAGUUCUCAUAUUCCACCACUUCUUCAUCAUAACCACCAUCAUUCUCACAGAAGAUGGUUUGAGUCGAACCAUCAACAUCGGGAGAAAAUUCGGCUACACCUGCAAAAUAACAUAAUCAAAAUAAAUCAUUCUCAAACCAGCUAUGUUUCUACUGCUACUGCUAAGUGCCACCAUGGUUUGUAUAUUAAAUUCCCCAACCACCUGAGUUUCAGACUUUGAGCAAAACAAAAAAUGCUAGCAGUCACAGUUGAAACAAGAAUAAGAGCAGCAACAAAGAAUAGUUUCUCACCACGAAGUUCAUUAAAAAGCCAGUUCUGAGUGCACAUAAGAGCUUCCACAGUCUUGGAAUCAAGCCGGCUCCGAUGAGGGUUUAGUAAUCUUCCACUUGUGCUAAACGCAGACUCUGAGACAACUGUUGACACUGGAAUGGCCAGAAUGUCCUUGGCAAUCAUCCUUAAGGUUGGAGAACAAUCAUACAAGCAAGCUCUCUUCUACUAGUUUCUUGGUCAAAAACAACAGGACUCGAACUCCCCAUACCGAUUUUCCUUUUCUUACUACCCAAAAGUCCACUCACCAUGACUGGAUCAGCAUGUUUUACUGGACAUUUAAACAAGUGAUUGCGCAAAUGAGAAGUUCCUGAGUUGGAUUCAGCAACAAGCUUUUUAUGGCAAUGUUUGCAUUCAGCUUUUCUUAACCCAUUAAUCAUAACUCGAUCAUAUUCCUUCCAUACCUCAGACCACUGCUUUGCAGAAGACCAUGACAUACGACUAGAAGGCACACUAUGUUGGUCUGGAUUACUAGUCUCAUGAUUCAUUGAGAGAUUAUCAUCAUUAGUUUCUGAAGCCAUAUUUCCCUAAAAAUACCAAACAAGCAACAAGCAAUCAUUCAAACUAGUGAAACAGCCCAAUCAUUCAACGAAAC